AUGCAUUCAAAGACGUAUUCAGAGGACCGAGACACCCCCAAAGCCAUCCGCACCGACAAAGGUUCGGAAUUUUAUAACCGUUACCUCCAACAGUAUCUGAAAGAGCAAGGAAUAAAAAUAUUUUAUGCCCUCAACGAAACCAAAGCCAACUUUGCCGAAAGAUACAUUCAGACCUUAAAGAAACGAUUACAUCGUUACUUUACCCACGUUCAGAAAUACAAGUACCUCGACAUCUUACAAGACGUAGUCCGUUCCAUCAACCACACUCCCAAUAGGUCGCUAAAUGGACGCACGCCGGCUUCGGUCAACAAAGAGAAUGAAGAAGAAGUGAGACUCGAUGCUUACCUAGCUCGACGCCGAAAAGACACUGCAACACCGAGGGUUAAGAAAUCCUUUUCGUCAAAGAAGCGCAAAGCCUAUACGUUUAAAGUGGGUGAUCAAGUUCGAAUUACGCAUCUGAGACGAGCGUUUCAGCGCGAUUACGAUCAGACGUACACGGAAGAAAUUUUCGUCGUCAGAGAGCGUUUUAUCUCACAGGGCCUCCCCAUCUACAAGUUAAAAGACAUGAUGGACGAUCCGAUUCAGGGUACGUUUUAUGCCAGUGAGCUCCAGAAAGUGUCUAAAGACGAACAGACCAUCUGGAGGAUCGAGAAGGUCCUACGGAAACGCAAAGUUCGCGGCCAAGAAGAGGUUCUGGUGCGAUGGUUGGGAUGGCCCAAGAAAUUUGACAGCUGGACUCCACGAUCCGAUAUAAAAGAGACGUAA